CUCAAAGAACCGAAACUCCUCCUAGUCUUAACUAGGUAGCUAAGAACACCGAUAUCCGGCAAUUAAAAGAGAAUCAAGUGUGGCAGAGUCAGCGUCAUGACUUUCCGCCUUACGACCUGGAAUGUCAAUGGCAUACGGAAUCCAUUUUCGUACGAACCAUGGCGAGGUACACAGUCAUUUCAGGGAAUGUUUGAUCUUCUUGAAGCAGACAUCAUUGUGCUUCAGGAGCUUAAAAUUCAGAGAAAAGAUUUACGGGACGACAUGGUAUUAGUUCCUGGCUGGGAUUGCUUUUUCAGUCUGCCAAAGUACAAGAAAGGAUACUCCGGGGUGGCAAUAUACACCCGAAAUGCCACCUGUUCGCCUAUAUAUGCCGAAGAAGGUGUCACCGGUAUUCUUUGUCCGCCAAAUUCCACGUCCUCGUACCGGGAACUCCCAGAAUCGGAGCAAAUUGGCGGGUACCCGACAGAUGAGCAACUCUCAACCUCAGAGUUAAGUGCGGAAACUCUUGAUUCAGAGGGUCGCUGCGUGAUACUCGAGUUUCCUGCCUUCGUUCUACUCGGUGUCUAUUGUCCUGCAAACAGAGAUGAAACGCGAGAUGGCUUUCGACUAGGAUUUCUAAAUGCGCUCGAUCAUCGUAUCCGAAACCUGAUUUCCCUAGGGAAGAGGGUUGUCGUUGCGGGAGAUUUAAAUAUUUCAAGGGAUGAGAUUGAUUCUGCGCAUGCAUUAGAGCAAAUUCGGAAAAGCAGGCUGACAACCGAUGAAUUUCUCUCGUCGCCGGCUCGCAUUAUUUUCAACCGGUUAGUCGAAGGUGGGAGGGUUUCGCACAUCGAAGGUGUUGACAAAAAGGACGCGGUAUUAUGGGACAUGUGUAGAUCAUUCUUCCCUGCCAGAAGCGGCAUGUACACUUGCUGGGAGCAAAGAAUUAAUGCACGUCCUGGGAAUUUUGGUGCAAGAAUAGACUACAUCCUAUGUAGUUUAGAUAUGAAAGACUGGAUGUCUAUUGCAGAUAUUCAAGAAGGACUAAUGGGCUCUGACCAUUGUCCUGUCUACGCCAUAUUUAAAGAAAACGUUGAUCUGCAUGGGGAUCAAAUCGAUUUUGUUAAUCUCAUGAAUCCAUCGGUGGAUUUUGAAGCAGCUGACAAUUCUUUAUCAAGAAGCCACCUUCCACUGUCUGGAAGGCUCAUUCCCGAAUUUAACCGUCGUCGCAAUAUUCGAGAUAUGUUCCUACGUCAGUCCUCAACUCAAAAUCCCUCCCCUGGUGAGAUCAAUCAAAAUGCGACGUCCAUGUCCAGAAUGACGAACAAAGGGAGGCCGAUAUCCUUGGACCUUGAAAGAUCUCAUGAAAUCGACGAACGAGAUCCAAAACGGCGGAAGAAAGAACCUAUUGCCGGCGUUCUCCCGACAACUAGUCAGAAAAGUAUUCGCGGAUUUUUUAGUCCAAGACAGCCCCGUCUGAAGCAGUCUAACCUUGCGAAGGAUUGCGAGGCCAUCAACGAUUCUGUUCCGAAUGAACGCAAAAAUGAUUCGGGUCCCGGACAUCGUACCUCGGGGAUUUCGCCUCCUGACGCGAGCCCUGAUUUUGAAGCCGAUCCUCAAACCUCACAAGAAUCUACAACUGUUUCCGCGGUUCCAAGCCGUAUCGUGGCUGGCAUAAAUGUGAUGUCUUCAAUUCCAGAACAAGAGUCAUGGAAUAAAAUAUUUAAAAAGAGGCCGCCUCCUAGAUGCGAAGGGCAUGAAGAACCAUGCGUCCGUCUCGUCACGAAGAAACCCGGAAUCAAUCGGGGCAGAUCGUUUUGGAUUUGUCCAAGACCACUCGGCCCCAGCGGCAAUAAAGAAACUGGAACUCAAUGGCGGUGUCCUACAUUUAUCUGGUGUAGUGAUUGGAACUCUAAGCAAUAAUCCAGUCAUGUAGUUCGAAGUUGGGGACCAUAACAAUGAUAUAUUUAUAUAGAACUCUGUGUACCUCGUUUUUCUUGUUUAAUAUAAUUUAGCACCUGCUAAGAAUGGUUUAUGCGCAGUCACUGCACACAGCCAAUCUAGUGGUAAUUAAACUGCAAUGGGUACAUAUAAUA